AUGGCAUCCCUCAUCCCAAGAACCGCUUUCCGGGCAGCUUCUACCGCCACGAAGUCCGCCAGAGAUACCUCCUUUGUCAAGAAGGGCGCUCAAAGAGAUCCCGAGCUUUAUAUCCUGUUAGGUGUCAUGUCCGGCGCCUUUGGCCUGGCUGGCUUCUACUUCGGCCGAAAGCCUACCUCUGCUUCCUCCGAGGCCGAUGUCUCGGUUGCUAAUAGCUCCAUGCCUUGGGAGGUCGACCAUGAGCAUGAAGACGAGACCAAACAUUUCAAAUAUCAAUAUCAUCCCAAGGGCGACCGAAGCUCAACUCCCAAGAAUGCUCCCAGUGCUUUGAACACAGUCAUCGUACCCAACGUUACCCUACCCAAGGAGCUCCAUGAUAAAUUCAACAAGUGGGGCAAGGAAGGAUAUUAA